GAAACGGGUUAUUUCGGACCGAAAAACCUCAGAAAAAACGAAUUAUUUUUUUCUCAAUCUUUUUAGGAAUCGAAGAGAAUGGACGACAAAGAGAAAGUGAUAGGAUUGCAGAAGGCGUAUGCUGAUAUAAUAUUAAACAUAUCGAAGGAGGCAGCAGCUCAGGUUAUGUCGUCCGAGAAGAGGGCCGUGCAGUAUCAGCACGAGCUGAAGGUGGCGAAAGAGGAGGCGUUGCGGAUGCUGUUGCACCUCAAGAAAAUGAUGGAUGCUAGGAAUAGUGAGGCAGAAUCUGCUUCGCUGAAUGAGCAGAAGAAGAUUGAAGAACUAGAAGCUCAGCUUCAGGAAGCUGAAGAUAUUGUCAGAGAUCUUAGGGGUGAAUUGGGAGCGGUACAGGUUGAGGUGGAAAGGUUAAAGAAAAGCAAUUUGCAGAAUGUAAAUGAACCUGAGAAUGAUAGUUUACGGGAGGUGCCUACUGCAAUUUACUCAUAUGAAUCUAGUAAACUUCAUCAUCCAAACUCUCUAGAUGAAUCUGCUGUAGCUUCUGAAAUCACAAUGUUGAGCCCAACACAGAAAAAUGUAUGUUCUAAGUGAUUUUGUAGCCAGAAAGAUUGCAUGCGUAGUUCACAUAUUAGAAGUCAGGAUUUGCUAGGAUUAAGAGACAACUGCAAAGAGCCUGGGCUAUAUAGAAAUGGCUGUACGCAGAGAAUCCAUGCGUGUGAGAGGAAUCUUUUGGGCAAGAAAUUGUGUCCUGGGAAAACUGAUAGCCCAAAGGACAAAAACAGCAGCGAAGAGCGGGAAAAAGAUGGAUACACCAGCAAAGCAGCAUCAAUUGGGGCUAGAACUCAGAGUGAACUUGAGAACAAAUUUUUGGCCGAUGUUAAGCUAAGUACUUUCCAACCUUUUCGUCGGAAAAGAAAGAGAGCUACUAGGCAAAGAGAAAGUGUAACAUGUUUGACUAAGAAGCUGAGUGAUCCUCCCCAGAAAGCUGAUCGAUUGCCAGAACUUUCAUCAAGACAUAUUCUUCAUUCAGUCAAAGGCGAUGCUAACUCUAGUGAGAGUCCUCCAACAGUUGCUCCAAUGCUUUCCUCAAGUGAAGUUGAAAAGGAUUGGAUUGACCAAGGAUGUGAAAUAAUGAAGGAAAAGAUGGGGUUGUUAGGGGAGGAAACUGGAUUUGCGGAAAGCUUGUUGCCUUCUGUUGGUAAAGGGAUUGUUGAAAAUGAUGAUAUUCCAUCAAACAGUUUGAACUGGACUUCAUCUGACAGAACUACAGGUCUCCCUAGCCAACCCGUAAGGGAACGAAUCAUCAAAUACACAUUUCAAAGGAAGCGCAAGAGAGGAGCUCCGAGUGGAUCUGAAAUGGCAGUGUCACCUGAGACGGAAAAGAGAAACGAAGAUAAUAAAAGUACUCUUAAAAACCAGCAGCCUUCCAAGGAUAGCUUGUUGUCAGAGUCAUCCCGAGACAGUAGGCGAUUGGCGCAAGUUGCUCGUCAGCUUCUAUCCUUGUCUGAGAAGAAGUGGUGGCACUGACGAAGUGUUUCAUGAUAUCGGUGUGUAUAAUACUAUUAUCCAACACCAUGGAAGAGAGAUGAUGACAAGAACUUGUAAUCAUACAGUAAGCUAUAUCUGGUUUCCCAAGAAUUUCUAGUUGCAUAUUUCCAAAGCUAUUCUAAAA